CCUCUUCGCCCUCAUUCCCCACCUUAUCCAUGGCGGCGUCUUCUUUCUUCCUCCCUUCCCUCUUCUCCCAAAUCCCCACCAUCUCUUCCUCCAAGCCCCAGCCCGGAGCUCUUGCUCUCUCCUCCCUCUCGCUAUGCUCCUCCAAACCCUGCUCUCCUUUCAAGAGUGUCUCUUUUCCCUCAAAUAACUCGUUCCCCGUCCUAAGAAAGGUGCCAGCUUUGGAUUCGGCGAUGGUUCUCAAGGUGGCGCUCUCGUCGAAUGUGGAGCAAGAGGAGGAGGCGGAAUACUCGCCGGAAUUAAAGCUCUUCGUCGGGAACCUCCCCUUCAGCGUCGACAGUGCCCAACUCGCUGGCCUCUUUCAACGGGCCGGCAAUGUUGAGAUGGUCGAGGUUAUAUAUGACAAGCUAACCGGAAAAAGUAGAGGAUUUGGAUUUGUGACAAUGUCUACCAUCAACGAGGUUGAAGCAGCUAUUAAGCAGUUUAAUGGUUAUACACUUGAAGGGAGAUCGUUGAGGGUGAACUCAGGACCACCUCCACGAAGAGAGGAGUUUCCAUCUAAAGGAUUUCGAACUGUUAGCAACCUUGAAGCUGCAAACAAGGUCUAUGUAGGAAAUCUCUCGUGGGGUGUCGACAAUUUGGCUCUCGAGACACUUUUCAGUGAACAAGGCAAGGUCUUAGAGGCCAAAGUCGUUUAUGAUAGGGAGAGUGGUAGAUCAAGAGGCUUCGGCUUUGUCACUUACAGCUCCGCUGAGGAAGUUGAUAAUGCUAUAGCAUCACUUAAUGGCACUGACUUGAAUGGAAGAUCAAUACGCGUUACAGUGGCAGAACCAAGGGCUAGGCGCGACUUCUGACCCUUUAGAGUUGCCUUAAACCUCUGUGUGUUGAUUUAAUUUGGAAGCUCUGGCAAUGAGAGAGCUGGUCAUAUAUCAGAUUUAGCAACCAAUCUGUCUCUGUAUGUUUGUAAUGCUGGAACUUGACCAAGCAGUCUAUCUUUUGUUCAAUGAGUUGUGGCAAUUGGCACAAUUUUGAUGCUUGAAACAAACCUAUUGGAUCA